GGAUCUUAUUGCUUUCCCAUCGUUUCGGAUGCACAUAUUAGCGUUUCUAACGCAAUGCAUUUAAAACAUUUAAGAUUUCAAUAAAACAUGGAGAUAAGGAAAUGGUUCCUGGGUUGUGUAAUGCUUCCUCCAUCAGAUCAGAGAUGUUUCUUCAAGAUCCAGAUGUCUCGUUAGUUCCUUGAGGACGUUUGAAUUCUGAUUCACUUGUGUUGCUUUAAAGUUGCGUUUUAUUGCUGGUGGGUAGAUGACAGGCAACAUGCAUCUCGGGGUUGAGGAGCCCAUCCGAGAGUGCCAGUACAAUCAGAUCUGCACACAUAACUCCUCAUCCAUGGACACUCCACACACCAAGAAGAAGAUCAAAAGGAAAUGGCAGGUUUUUCCUGGCCGAAAUAAGUUUUACUGCAACGGCAGGAUCAUGAUGGCAAAGCAGACUGGGGUCUUCUAUCUUACAAUGGUUCUCAUUUUGGUGACCAGUGGCCUCUUCUUUGCCUUUGACUGCCCAUUCCUGGCAUCAAACCUGACUCCUGCCAUUCCGGCCAUCGGAGGAGUGCUGUUCGUCUUUGUGAUGGGAAUGCUGCUCCGGGCGAGCUUCAGCGACCCGGGCGUCCUGCCCAGGGCCACACCAGAGGAAGCAGCCGACAUUGAGAGGCAGAUAGAUGCAACCAACGGCCCGAGCGGCCCAGGCUACAGGCCACCACCCCGAACCAGAGAGGUGCUCAUUAACGGUCAAACAGUCAAACUAAAAUACUGUUUCACCUGCAAGAUCUUCCGACCACCGCGGGCCUCACACUGCAGCCUGUGUGACAACUGCGUGGAGAGAUUUGAUCAUCACUGCCCGUGGGUGGGCAACUGCGUGGGGAGGAGGAACUAUCGCUUCUUCUACCUGUUCAUCCUCUCACUCUCCUUCCUCACCAUCUUCAUCUUCUCCUUCGUCAUCACGCACGUAAUACUGAGAUCCAACAGGACUGGCUUUCUUAGUGCUCUCAAAGACAGCCCUGCUAGUGUUCUGGAAGUGGUGGUGUGCUUUUUCUCCAUCUGGUCCAUCGUGGGACUGUCAGGAUUCCAUACCUACCUGAUGAGCUCCAAUCAGACCACCAAUGAAGACAUCAAAGGUUCAUGGUCAUCCAAACGAGGCAAAGGCAACUACAACCCCUACAGCUACGGAAACUUCAUCACCAACUGCUGCGCUGCACUGUGUGGACCUCUGCCACCGAGUUUGAUUGACAGAAGAGGUUUUGUCCAACCAGACACUCCGCAGCCUGUGGCCCAGACAAACGGCACCGGCGCCUGCCCCUCCAAUCAAGUCCAGAGUCAUAUGGUUUGGUGACAUUUACCCAGAUCUUCUUUUUCUGUCUUUCUUUAUACUUUUGAUCAACACACUCUCUAACCUCUAUAAUCUUAACCUUCUAAUAAUUGUUUUGUCAUUCUAACCACCAGAAACUGGUCUAUUCUGACCCAGGGCUCCAAAACAACAAAAAACCCUACACAUUUGUGACACUAAUUCAAAAUGCCAUUGCCACUAGUAUAUAGAUGCCCAUUCCAAAAAUAUGAUAUUUUUGCGCAAAUUCAUUUGUCACUUGGAAGGUUUUUAAAUAACACAGAUGCCAACAUGGACAGGUUGCUUGACAUGACCAGGAACAAAACCAUGCCAGCACCUAAAACACUGGUGACCAAUAAUACUCUAUCGACUGCCAGGUGAAAACUGUAGUAAUCACAAGUAGCAAAAACAAGCACAACAGUCAUCAGCUGUAUGGAGCCCUGUGACGUGUUUUUUCUGUAACAUUUUAUUCUUUGUUGGGUCUGACUUCCUCCCGGCUUUCCCUUUUCUCUCUGUCCUUCGUCCUUCCUCCCAGUGUGCUCAAGACCAGUGCAUUCAGAGCACCAAAUUCGUUUUGCAGGCCGCCACCAACCCGCUGCUCCACAGUCAGCCCGUCAU